AUGGCCAGCGCGUCGUGCCUCGCAAAGGUGAACCUGCAGCCGUCCCCCUGCGCUGCCGGUCUUAGAAGCCAGUCCGCGGAUUGCGCGUCGUUGCGCAAGAGCGUCGCGGUGCAGCCAUGUGGCGUGCGGAGGGGAGGGAGCGUUCGCGCGCACAAGGACGCGGAGAGGGUUGGCGUGGCGGCGGCGGCCGUGGCUCUGACGUCGCAACUCACGGCCGCAAAUGCCGCGCUGGCCGUGGACGCGGACCAAGUGGAGGAACUGGCUAAGCAGACUGCUGACCUGGCAACCAAGGUCUACAGCACGAGCAUCGACGUGGCAGAGCAGGUGGUUCGCGUCACCAAGCCGCUGGUGGAGGCGGCAGCGCCGGUGGUGAUCGAAGGGGCACAGGAGGCGUUAAAGGCGGCGGCGCCGGUGGCGUCGGACCUCGCGGAGAAGGCGUCCAAGGCGCUGCAGGACUCGGGCGUCGACGUCGCGCCCGUCGUCGAGGCCGCCAGGACGGCGGCGAGCGUGGCGGACGGCGUGAGCGACAGCACGGGGCGCGCGAUCACGGCGGUGACGCCAUACGCGACGUCGACGGUGGACCUCAUCAGCUCCGCCGACCCCACCGCGCUCUCCAUCGCCGCGGGCGGGCUCUUCGGGCUCUACCUGCUGCUGCCCUCCAUCGGCCGUGGCAUCGCCUACUCCUUCCGCGGCUACGCAGGCGACCUCACGGCAGCGCAGGCGUUGGACGUGUUGGAGAGGGAGGAGAGCGUGCUCGUGGACGUGCGCUCAGAGGACCAGAAGCUCUCCUCCGGCGUGCCCUCUCUGCCCCGCGGCCUCUCCCGCAAAAUCAUCUACGUCCCAGUGGAGGAGGUGCCAGUGGAGCUGCGCGACCAGCUGAAGAACCCCUUGAACACGGAGGCGGAGCUGACAGCCAUCAAGGUGGCGUCGCUCAAGAGAAUUGGCCGCCGCGCCAAACUCAUCGUCAUCGACAACUUCUUGACCAACCUCCUGAUUGUGACGUCCACUCAAUCCUCCCCUCUCUCCCUCGUCUCUUCCCCACUCUCCUCCCCUUUCUCGCACCACCCCCUCCCAACACCCCGUUUCCGUCAUCACCCGUCUCCUCCCUGCAGCGACAACGAGAUCUCAAAGCAGGUGGCGAGGUCGCUGGCCUCUCUAGGCUACCGCAACGUGUGGGUCGUGCGCGACGGCGUGGAGGGGCGGGCCGGGUGGGCGGCGAGCCAGCUGGCGAUCGACUCGUACGAUGGGCCGCCCACUAGCUGGUUCUCGGUGCCAUCCUACUCGUCCGGGGGCACCAGCAAGGAGCGCACUGGCACCCAGAAGCUCGGCACUCAGUCAAGGCUCGGCACUCAGUCCGUAUCUGCAGCUGCCUCCACUGCUGCUGGGGAGGAGUAA